AUGUCUCCGUGCUUCGGAGCUUUGGUUCUCAUGCUUCUUUUGGCACCAAGGCCAGCAGUUGCUCUGUUUGAUAAGAAGCCUUCCUACAACGAUUGGAGCGACUCUAAGGUCGAAAAAUGGCUCACUGACCACCACAUUCCCAAUCCGGGAAACCUCGACAGUCAUGCGUUGCGUGAAUUGAUUCAAGAAAAUUACGACUCUGCUUACGACCAUUGGAGUGAUGCCGACUUGCAAGAAUAUGCGAACAAAUAUUCCUUGCCCCUCCAAGCUGAUAAACCUCGUGAAGGUAUAAUCGACACGAUUCGGCGUAGCUAUCAUGGAGCUGUAGACGCCUGGAGUGACUCUGACUUGAAGGCGUGGAUGGACGAACAUGGUUUUCCAAGUCCCCCCGGUUCGACACGUGAACAAUUAGUCGAUAUCGUCAAAGAAAAUUACCAAGAUUCGACGCAAUAUUUGAGUGACUCCGCCAGCUCAGCUCAGCAAGUACUGCAAGAUAAAACGAACUCAAUUUUCUCUCUAUGGACUGAUAGCCAACUGAGGGACUUCUUGUUGGAACAUGGGGUCGUAAGUCCCAACAGCAAACGCGAAGAACUGGUUAGAGCAGCGAAGAAAUACUUGAAUGCUGGCACCCAAUCGGCGAGAAACCUCGCUUCCUCGGCAACUGGCGCUGCUGCCGAUGCUGGAUCGGCUGCCAAGAAGGCUGCCGCCGACGCCAGCUCUGCUACUUACGAGAAAGUCUCUAAAGCCAGUCACGCUACCGGUUCGAAAGUAUAUGACGCCGGGGCCUCCGUGGGCGAGGCAGCAUCCGACACUGGAAAUGCUGCUUACAACAGGGUCACACAGGCUGGAAAGGCCGCUGGCUCCGCCGCCUAUCGCAAGGGAGCCUCGGCUGCUGACGCUGCGUACGACAAAGUCUCCCAGGCCAGCAGUACCGCUGGAUCGGCUGCGUACAAUGCAGGAAGUGCUGCGACUGAAGCAGUGAAGGAUGCUCCAGGUGUUGCUUACGAUUAUUUGUCGGAUAAAUACGACGAUGCUAAAGAUUACGUCUACAGCUCUUGGUCCGACAAUCAAUUGAGAGACUACUUGAUUGCGAAGGGUGCUAUUAAGUCGAGCACUCGUUUCAGCAGAGAUGAUCUUCUUCGAGCGAUUAAAGACACGUACAACGAUGCCGCCCAGAAUGCGUACGAAACCUGUGAGUUUGGUCUGAUAACGUAUUCCAGCCACAUGGCGCCAACCCAUCAUCUUUUUGUUAGGGUCUGA